AUGGAGCUGGCCCCACAGGCGGACUGGGUGCUGCCUCUCCGGCGGCUCCCGCUGGCCAGCGAGCGCGGCAUCUUCCCCGAGCGCAUCUCGCAGGGCUCCAGCGGCAGCUACUUCGUCAAGGACCCGCAGGGGAAAAUCAUUGGUGUCUUCAAGCCCAAGAACGAGGAGCCGUACGGGCAGCUGAACCCCAAGUGGACCAAGUGGCUGCAGAAGUUGUGCUGCCCGUGCUGCUUUGGGAGAGACUGCCUCGUCCUCAACCAGGGCUACUUGUCGGAGGCGGGUGCCAGCCUGGUGGACCAGAAACUGGAACUCAACAUUGUUCCCCGCACGAAGGUGGUGUAUCUGGCCAGUGAGACCUUUAACUACAGUGCCAUCGACAGGGUGAAGUCCCGAGGAAAGAGGCUGGCCCUGGAGAAGGUGCCGAAAGUUGGCCAGCGCUUCAACCGCAUCGGUCUGCCGCCCAAGGUGGGCUCCUUCCAGCUUUUUGUGGAAGGCUACAAGGAUGCCGACUACUGGCUGCGGCGGUUUGAAGCUGAGCCGCUCCCGGAGAACACCAACCGGCAGCUGCUGCUGCAAUUCGAGCGGCUGGUGGUGCUGGACUACAUCAUCAGGAACACAGACCGGGGCAAUGACAACUGGCUCAUCAAGUACGACUGUCCCCUGGACAGCGCGGGCGUGCGGGACAGUGACUGGGUGGUGGUGAAGGAGCCCAUCAUCAAGCUGGCUGCUAUAGACAAUGGUUUGGCCUUUCCCUUGAAACACCCGGACUCCUGGAGAGCAUAUCCAUUCUACUGGGCAUGGCUGCCCCAGGCCAAAAUCCCCUUUUCACAGGAGAUCAAGGACCUAAUUCUUCCCAAGAUCUCGGACCCCAACUUUGUCAAGGACCUGGAGGAAGAUCUGUAUGAGCUCUUCAAGAAAGACCCUGGCUUUGACAGGGGACAGUUUCACAAGCAGAUAGCUGUCAUGAGAGGCCAGAUCCUGAACCUGACUCAGGCGCUGAAAGACGGGAAGAGCCCCCUACACCUGGUUCAGAUGCCGCCUGUGAUUGUGGAAACGGCGCGUUCCCACCAGCGCACCUCCAGCGAGUCCUACACGCAGAGCUUCCAGAGCCGGAAGCCUUUCUUCUCAUGGUGGUAGCUGUGGGAGCCGUGGGCAGGGCUUGGCCGCCUCGGACUAGCACUGCGAGAGGAGCCGGGCCACUGCUGGCUCCUGUGGCCGGGACUUGACCUUCUGGGUAGAGUGAGCAGGUGUGGCUGGAGGAACCUGCAGCUGAACUAGAGGAGCCAGGCAGGUCGGGCACGGUCCCUCCCUAGCUCUGUCGGAGCUCGGUGCCCUGCCUGGGGCAGGGCCCAGGGGGAGGUGUGGGAAUCCGCUGGGAGCCGUGGUGUGGCUGGAACCCUGCCCCUGCCUGCCUCCCUCGGCCUGCAUGCGGUUCUGAGCACCCCUGCUUGGGGCUGGGAUGAGCAGGCUGCCUGGGCCAGGAUCCGUCCAGCCCUUUACACCAGCCACUGGCCCUUUUCUUCCCCGCUGUGCCUGCUGUCAGGCUGGGAAGGCCUGUAGCGGGUUAUACCCCCUCCCUUUCCCCGAGGGUGUGCUGUACUCCUCCACUGUCCCUCCUCUGCCUCAAUCCUGUGCACGCUGCUUUCCUCAGGGGGAGUUCCUGCUGCCCGCUGGCGCAGCGGGGACCACAAUGAACGGCUGUUCUCUGGCUGGGGGCUCAAGGAGGGGACAUAUGAGGGACAACUCACAGGGCUGGCUUGGGUGCAGUUAGACACUAAGGGGAAAGAGGUGCUGGCUUGUCCUUGUGAAUGGCAGCCAGCUCUGGGAGGGGCUGUAGCUUAGUGCCCCCCCCCCCUCAGCUGGAGAGGGCCGAGGGUGAGUGCAAGCACCCUCUCCCUGCUGCCCCAGUCCAUCCCUCCUGCCAGGUCUCCACAGCUGCUGUUGCUUGGCUUUUGCCCCUGCUCCCGGCAAGCUCCCUGGCUGCUGUGCAGCCAGCAUGGUGCCAGCCUUGUCUGUGCCUAGAGCCCCCUCGAGGGGCAGGGGGCUGCCGGGGAAGGGCCGGAGGGUCUCUUCUGCUGCAUGGGUGGGAGGCGUGAUGGGAGCACGGGGGGGCCAGCAUGGGCUCCUGGCUGCCCUGGUGCUGACAAUCUCACGAGCCUGCUGUGGGUGGGUAAGGCAGCGAGCCCGCUCUCUCCCCCAAAGCUGCUCAGCUUGUGUUGUAUAAAACGGUACCAGGGCUGCUGCCUGCAUCCGCUUGCCUUGAGCUGCGGCUUCUCCUGCUGCUGGGGGAAGCUGGUGUUGGGUCUCGCUGUCCUGUUAGCCCAUCUUUGGGGGGUGGGGUGAAUGAAGAUGGGUUGGGGCUCUGUGGCUUGAGCCUGGGAGGGGAGAGCAGCUCCCUUGUCUCCUGCAUGGGGAAGGAGCUCAGCACUGGCUGUGCAAGCACAGGGUGGGCAGCAGUGCGACCCCAGCUCCCCGGCCAGGCCCAGCUGCAUCUCCGACUGACCCAAAACGUAUUGUUCUAAUGCACUGUAGAAAUGUAUGUAAUGUAUUUAAACCAUGCAACCGUCUGAAUAACAGAGCU